AUGGACGGAGCGCCGCCUCCGCCGCCGCCGCCGCCGCAUGGCGAGAACCCCAAUACCACCGGCGGCGAAUAUCGCAAAUCGUCCGACUUGCCUCAGGGGAACUACGAUAUCUUCAUCGUCCCUCCGCAUUCCUCCGGCGGAGGCUUCCUCUACCUUCCCUCCCUGCAAUGCAAUCGAAACAGCUUCCUCGCGGGAGUUGCAAGCACACUUUUCGUGGGCAUGGUAUGGACUCUCAUAUCGCCGAUCAUCAGGGCGUGGUAUAUCGCCGCCGUUUCAGGUGGCAACAAUAUGGGAAUCGUUGUGGUAGCACUCGGCUUAGGCGUGGCUGGUUGGGCCUUCGGAAUAUCGCAGUCAGACGGCUCGAAGGGCAAUAAUGGCGGAGGAAGAGGGUUCGGCGGAGGAUCUGGAUCUGGCGGGCCAAAUGCCCACAGUCAGUCUUCUGGUGCCGGUUAUGGAGGUGGACCCGGACAACAGCAAUACGGAGGUGCCGGUGGAUCGGGACAGCAACAACAACAACAACAAGGAGGUAACUUCGGAGGAGGGCAGAACCGUGGCAACCAGUACGCUGGUAAUCAACACGGCUCUGGGCCUCCGCCAACGCAGGAUUCAAAGAAGCACGGGGCAGAUGGGGCUGAAUGGGAGCGCGCACGGGAAGAGACAAAGCGCAAGGAAGAGCUGCGCCGGAAAAUGGAGGAGUUUAAACGCAAGCGUGAGGCAGAAGCCAAAGAAAAAGAGAGGAAACGUGAGCGGGAAGCAAUGGAGAAGGAAUUGAAAGAGCGCCGCGAGCAGCUUGAGAAGGAAAUGGCUGCUGCAAGGGAGAAAGCGGAGAAGGAAGCCCGUGAAAAGGCUGAAAAGGAAACUGCUGAAGCCAAGGUCGAGGCCGAGAGGCUUGCAGCAGAAGCAAAAGACAAGGCUGAAAAGGAAGCUGCUGAAAAGGAAGCUGCAGCAAAGGCACAGGCUCAAAAAGAGGCCAUGGCCAAGUUCGCUGCCCUCAAAGAAGCAGCUGCAAAACGAUACGCCGAGAAGAAGGCUGCGGAGGCCAUGAAGGAGAAGGGUGCAGGCAUCAAGCCACCUGCCAGUGCAACAAGCGCACCCCGGACCCCUUCCCCUAAGAAACCGCCCUUCCCGACAGCCAGGACAACUAUCGAGGAAGACGACGCAUAUUCCUUUCGGCCCUACGACCGCCCACGCCGGCCGUAUGUCACUUCGGCAUACUCCGAGUCAUCCUACGCUCCGUCUCAGUCUACGGCUCGCACGACGCCUCCACCGUCGCAUCGAGGUACUUAUUCCACCAAGGAUCCAGACAAGAUCGUGAUCCAGGGUGUAUACCAAUUCAACAAUGCCUUCAACAAGACCCCAGUCGCGCAGCUGGUCUCCGGCCAGGGAAUGGUGACCGACGGCCUCGUGCUACGAAUCACAACGGAAGGCCUGUUCAUCGACGAUGACCUGCGCGGCGUCGGACAGCGCGAAUGGGACGUCAAAGCCUGGACUCUCAAGCUGGCAGAGGCAGCCUUCCUCAAGACGUGCAAAAACACCUGCCGUCUGGCGUCUCCGGCUGCAUCCUUUGCCCGUAGCGCUGCCGCCAGUGGUGUCAACAGCAGCGGCCCGCCCCAGGCGGAGUUCCGUGGUCUUCACGUCCUCCGCGCCAGCAUUCGCGACCAGGAGGGCAAGCGAUACGUUUUCGUCGUGCAGGACACGGAGGCCUGGAAGGUCGCAAUUGGACUGCAACGUCUGCGUGCCGGCGCUCUGGUCCGCGCCCUCGGUGUAUCGGCUCUGCCAGUCCCAGAAUGCAAGAGCAUCCUGGGAGGGCUCGGUUAUAUUUGA